UCCAAAAAUCUAGCUGGGACAAUGUUUUUUCAUUUUAUUCUUCUGGUUUCCUACUCACUUACUUUUCUGUGCACCCACCAAGUGUCCAGCUCUGAUCCUAGCUGCACAGAUUAUCCUGUGUUCACUCCAUCUGCACUGGUAGUGAAGUACGGUGACCCAGCCAAUGUUACAUGUGUUGUAUGUCAGAAGGACUGCAGUGGAGAUGUUUUUGGUUUGGAGCACGCUGUGGGAAAAGAUACACAAAAUGGAACCACGAUGUUCUGGACGGUCGACAGACUGACUGAAUGGGACACAUCACUCCUGUGCUAUUAUACCACUGAUGUUGGUGAUCAAUGUUCUAGCAUUCUGGAUAUAACCAUCUAUCAGCCUCCAGAAAGUGUCUCCAUCAGCUUUGUAAACCACACUGGGAUGAUGUUUGAGAAUCAGCAGUACACCCUGCAGUGUAGCGUACAGAACGUAGCUCCUGUUCAAAGCCUCACUGUGACCUUCUACAGAGGAAACACAGCACUGGGUCACCUACAGUCCAACAGUGAACAGAAGAAACCAGUGAAUGAGACCUUCACUCUGAACAUCACUCCCAGUAGAGAAGAUGAUGGAGCCCAGUACUGGUGCAAAACCAAGUUGGAGCUGGGACCAGCUGGACCACAGCGCCCUCCAGUGGUGACAUCAGAAAGACUCCGUGCUAUAGUUCACUAUCCUAGCUGCACAGAGUAUCCUGUGUUCACUCCAUCUGCACUGAUAGUGAAGUACGGUGACCCAGCCAAUGUUACAUGUGUUGUAUGUCAGAAGGACUGCAGGGGAGUUUUUUUUGGUUUGGAGCACGCUGUGGGAAAAGAUACAAAAAAUAGAACCACGAUGUUCUGGACGGUUGACAGACUGACUGAAUGGGACACAUUUGUCGACUGCUAUUAUAUCACUGAUGUUGGUGAUGAUUGUAGUAGCAUUUUGAAUAUAACCAUCUAUCAGUCUCCAGAAAGUGUCUCCAUCAGCUUUGUAAACCACACUGGGAUGAUGUUUGAGAAUCAGCAGUACACCCUGCAGUGUAGCGUACAGAACGUAGCUCCUGUUCAAAACCUCACUGUGACCUUCUACAGAGGAAACACAGCACUGGGUCACCUACAGUCCAACAGUGAACAGAAGAAACCAGUGAAUGAAUCCUUCACUCUGAACAUCACUCCCAGGAGAGAAGAUGAUGGAGCCCAGUACUGGUGUGAAGCCAAGCUGGAGCUGGGACCAGCUGGACCACAGCCCCCUCCAGUGGUGACAUCAGAAAAGCUCACUGCUAUAGUUCACUGGUGUUUUACAGAUCCUAGCUGCACAGAGUAUCCUGUGUUCACUCCAUCUGCACUGGUAGUGAAGUACGGUGACCCAGCCAACGCUACAUGUGUUGUAUGUCAGAAGGACUGCAGUGGAGAUGUUUUUGGUUUGGAGCACGCUGUGGGAAAAGUUACACAAAAUGGAACCACGAUGUUCUGGACGGUCGACAGACUGACUGAAUGGGACACAUUUGCCAUGUGUUACUAUAACACUGAUGCUGGUGAUCAGUGUACUCACAUUCUGGAUAUAACCAUCUAUCAGCUUCCAGAAAGUGUCUCCAUCAGCUUUGUAAACCACACUGGGAUGAUGUUUGAGAAUCAGCAGUACACCCUGCAGUGUAGCGUACAGAACGUAGCUCCUGUUCAAAGCCUCACUGUGACCUUCUACAGAGGAAACACAGCACUGGGUCACCUACAGUCCAACAGUGAACAGAAGAAACCAGUGAAUGAAUCCUUCACUCUGAACAUCACUCUCAGGAGAGAAGAUGAUGGAGCCCAGUACUGGUGUAAAACCAAGCUGGAGCUGGGACCAGCUGGACCACAGCCCCCUCCAGUGGUGACAUCAGAAAAGCUCACUGCUAUAGUUCACUAUCCUAGGUGCACAGAGUAUCCUGUGUUCACUCCAUCUGCACUGGUAGUGAAGUACGGUGACCCAGCCAAUGUUACAUGUGUUGUAUGUCAGAAGGACUGCAGUGGAGUCUUUUGUGGUUUGGAGCACGCUGUGGGAAAAGUUACAAAAAAUAGAACCACGAUGUUCUGGACGGUUGACAGACUGACUGAAUGGGACACAUUUGUCGACUGCUAUUAUAUCACUAAUGUUGGUGAUCACUGUAGUAGCACUCUGAAUAUAACCAUCUAUCAGCCUCCAGAAAGUGUCUCCAUCAGCUUUGUAAACCACACUGGGAUGAUGUUUGAGAAUCAGCAGUACACCCUGCAGUGUAGCGUACAGAACGUAGCUCCUGUUCAAAACCUCACUGUGACCUUCUACAGAGGAAACACAGCACUGGGUCACCUACAGUCCAACCACAGUGAACAGAAGAAACCCGCGAAUGAAUCCUUCACUCUGAACAUCACUCCCAGGAGAGAAGAUAAUGGAGCCCAGUACUGGUGUGAAGCCAAGCUGGAGCUGGGACCAGCUGGAACACAGCGCCCUCCAGUGGAGACAUCAGAAAAACUCCCUGCUAUAGUUCACUGGUGUUUUACAGAUCCUAGCUGCACAGAGUAUCCUGUGUUCACUCCAUCUGCACUGGUAGUGAAGUACGGUGACCCAGCCAAUGUUACAUGCGAUGUAUGUCAGAAGGACUGCAGUGGGGAUGAGUUUGGUUUGGAGCACGCUGUGGGAAAAGUUACAAAACAUGGAACCACGAUGUUCUGGACGGUGGACAGACUGACUGAAUGGGACACAUUUGCCAUGUGCUAUUAUUUCAAUGAUGCUGGUGAUCCGUGUACUCACAUUCUGGAUAUAACCAUCUAUCAGCCUCCAGAAAGUGUCUCCAUCAGCUUUGUAAACCACACUGGGAUGAUGUUUGAGAAUCAGCAGUACACCCUGCAGUGUAGCGUACAGAACGUAGCUCCUGUUCAAAGCCUCACUGUGACCUUCUACAGAGGAAACACAGCACUGGGUCACCUACAGUCCAACAGUGAACAGAAGAAACCAGUGAAUGAAACCUUCACUCUGAACAUCACUCCCAGUAGAGAAGAUGAUGGAGCCCAGUACUGGUGCCAAACCAAGCUGGAGCUGGGACCAGCUGGACCACAGCGCCCUCCAGUGGUGACAUCAGAAAAACUCCCUGCUAUAGUUCACUAUGGGCCUGAGCUAAAGGAGCCACCAAACCCAGAUGUGAUCACAAUCACAGAAGGAGACACUCUACACCUGAACUGCUCCUCUGUGGGAAACCCCAGCCCUUCAUACACCUGGACACUUCCAACAAAUAGUCCUUCCUACUGUGGCAGCGUUCUCACUAUUAAAUCUGUCGGCUUGGAGGAUGAAGGACAGUAUAUCUGCACUGUGAGCAACACAGUAGGGACUGUCACCAAGGAGUUUAACGUUGAUGUACAAGUCAACUCCAUCCCAUAUAUAAUAUCUGGGACAAUACUGGGAGCUCUGGUCCUUGUCGGACUGUCAGUGGGAUGCUACUGCAAACACAACUGAAUGGGACACAGCAAACCCAGUAAAAUUAUUGUCACUGUCAGCUGAAGAAAUGACUGAAUGGUUAAAAUAUAUUUUUGAUUCUGAUUCUGAUGAGCAGCUUGUAACUGUCUGGCUUCUAAGUAAACUUGUUGUUUGGAAAAAGCACAUUUCCAAGGGAAGGUCUCCACAUUUUUCCAUCUCUUUGUUUAAAUGUUACAGGUGUUGUGGAAUUUUGUAAAUAAAGUCUG